GCCUCUCCUCUAAAAAACCUAGCUGCCCAAUCUCAGCUAAUCACAAAAAAUCACAGGUGGACUGCCUUCUCUACUUAAUUUUAGCACUAGAAGCAAGAACAGCAAAAAAGAAAAAUGAGAUGCUCAAGUAAUCAAGCCGAUCGGACAUGAGUACACAGUGAAAGCAGUAGAGAACGGAAAGGACUUCACUUGAGGAUUCAGGACUAACGGGCGGGCAUCGCUCCCGGCAUCUGCAACAAGCGGCAUUUGCAACAAGCUGCAACUUGAACGGCCGGCUAACCUUGAGAUUGAAUUUGUGCAAAUAUAUAUAUUUUGGAUCAAUUUACUCUUACAUUUACACCUGAUAUUGAAUAUUGUCAUCAACAUCACCAGUAGGAAGGAAUGCCCAGCAGCUUGGCGUGCAUGUCGUCGUCAGAGCGGCGGCGCCGGCAGACGGCCUGAAGCAUGACCAGCACGGGCGCAGCAGACGCGUGGCUCUGCAUAAUGCGCCGCGUCGCACGCCAAAUUAAGGCAUGCAGGCAGCCGGGGCGCUGGCCACCCAAAAGCAAGGAAGCUCCCUGCUCCGACCAUUCCUCCCGUCGCCUCCCUCCGGUCGUAUUCAUCUCGCUCUGGACCCGCCUCGCUCCUCCCUCCCUCGACCCCACCCACCAUCUCUCUCCCCGGCGCGUGGUCGGAGGCCGCCGUCGGUCGGCCGCCCUCGCCACCGCCCGGCCGGAGAGAUCGAACGCAUCAUCAUCAUCCUGCUGGAUGAUCAGCAGCCUGCCACCGCUCUUCCAGAAGAUGCAUCGGUGGAUCCUCCCCAGCUGCGGCGACAUCCGGCCGUCGCGGCCGUCGUCGUCCCGCCGCCGAGUUGCUGAGGCGCCGCCGGCGUCCCCGCCGAAGCUGAGGAAGGUGGUGUCGGAGGGGACGCUGGCGGUGCCCAAGGACGUGGAGGAGUUCCGGACGAUGUCGGCGUACGGGUUCCUCAAGCUCUUCACGUACGAGGACCUCAGGCUGGCCACCGGCGACUUCAACCCCGGCCAGAUCGUCGGCGAGGGCGGCUUCGGCGUCGUCUACCGAGGGUUCAUCGACGACGCCGUCUGCAAGGGCUUCGCGCCCACCGAGGUCGCCGUCAAGGAGCUCAACCCGGAGGGCCUCCAGGGAGACAGGGAGUGGCUGACGGAGGUGAGCUACCUCGGGCAGUACAGCCACCCGAACCUGGUGGAGCUCAUCGGCUACUGCUGCGAGGACGACCACCGGCUGCUGGUGUACGAGUUCAUGGCCAAGGGCAGCCUGGAGCACCACCUGUUCCGGCGCUCCUGCACCCUGUCUUGGACGAUGCGGGUGGCCAUCGCGCUCGACGUCGCCAGGGGCCUCUCCUUCCUCCACGGCGCCGAGCGCCCCAUCAUCUACCGGGACUUCAAGACCUCCAACAUCUUGCUCGACGCGGAUUUCAACGCCAAGCUGUCGGAUUUCGGGCUCGCCAAGGCGGGGCCCAUGGGCGGCGCCACGCACGUCUCCACCAGGGUCAUGGGCACCUACGGCUACGCCGCGCCGGAGUACAUGGCCACCGGGCACCUGACGGUGAUGAGCGACGUGUACGGCUUCGGCGUGGUGCUGCUGGAGAUGCUGGUGGGGCGGCGCGCCAUGGAGCCGAGCCGCGCGGGGGGGCGCGAGGGCAGCCUGGUGGACUGGGCGCGGCCCAUCCUGAUCCGGCCCAAGAAGCUGGAGCGGAUCCUGGACCGGCGGAUGGGCGGCCCGACGCGGGGCCUGGGCCGCGUGGCCCGCCUCGCCUACGACUGCCUCAGCCAGAACCCCAAGGUCCGGCCCUCCAUGUCCAGGGUCGUCAUCACGCUCGAGGCCGUCCUCGCCGCCGGCGCCGAGGAAGAAGGAGAGGAAGAAGGCGCGGCGGCCGCCGAGGCUUAGGUAGUAGGGUCAUCGUACUACGCUUCUUAGCUGUAUGUUUAAUCCCAAGGGCAUGUUGUUUGGCACAAUCCUAAUCCCAUGAGAGCUGUUCCUAUAAUAUAAUCUGAAGAUCAUUUGAUAUUUUCCAUGAAUUGAAACGAAGUUUGUGUAGUAAAAAGAUAAG